CCCCUGUCCCCUCCCACCUGUCCCACCGUCCGUCCCCUCCUGCGCGUGCUCCGUGUCCCCUCCUGCCUGCCCUGUCCACCGUGGCCCUCCACUGACAGGCUUGCCUGUUUUGCACGCCGGUAGGACAUGGUGCUCUUCCUCCACUGGCCCUGUUCUGCCUUCUCGGCCCUCGCCUUGAGCCUCCGAAAGACUUGAGUCCCGAGGCCAGCGUUUUUCGCCGGCCUGUCCAGUAACGGCGCUCAGGCCUCCAGGGAAGGGCUGGUGUCCCACUCCCGGGGCAGCUUCCCACGACCACCAGGCCUCGUGGCGGCCAGAGGCUCCCCGAGCGGGUGGGGCGGUGGGCUGGGUGCGCGCCCUGGCGGUGCUCCUUUCGGCCGCCUGACCCUGGGCCCGUUGCUUAGCCUCGGUGCCCACAGAGCCAUGAGGAGAAGAGCCUCGGGCUCACACAGGCCCUGCUGUCACUACCUUAGUGGCCUCCCCCCUGCGAAGCCCCAGGCCUCCCAGCUGGGGAGGUGGUGGCUUCGCCCUGGAAGGGAGAGCCAGUGGCUUUGGGGCCCGUGGUGGCAGAGCCACGGCAGGUCUGGGCCCAUCUCUGGGCCUUUCCCCACCGCCGAGUCGGGAGUGUCUGCUCAUGGUGCUGGGCAUGGGGCAGUGGAGGCGGCCACCGCCCACAGUCCCUCUCCCUUCUGGAGGUUUCCUGUCCAGGCUUGGCCGUAGGCCACACCACGGCCUGUGGUCUUGAGCUCUGGUUUUCUGACAGACAUUCCCAGGGCUGAGAAGCCUUGGGAUCUCUUCAUUUCCUCCCGGAAGCUGGGGUGCCCUCAGUGCUCUCAGAAAGAGGCUCUCCUGGAGAAGGCAGAGGUGCUGCUGUGCCCGCAGGGGCAGGCAGGCUUUUACCACCAUGGAGAACGGAGCAUCCCAGGCUGGAGGCUGGCACAGUGGGGCCCAAGUGCAUUUCCUGUUGACUCUCUCCUUGCCCACACCUACUUCCUUUCCAUCCCUUGGCUUCCCCCUGACCCCCUGCCACCUUCCAGCUCCAUGUUUCCCCCUGGGUUGUCCUGGGCUUGGAGAACCGAUGGCCGACCACAGUGCUGUGCCCUGGGUCUGAGCCUCCUGCUGUGUGGCUCUGAGGAAGCCAGAAACGUUUUCCCCGGCUCGUCUCAGGCUGGGUCUGCUUCAACACUUCCAGUGGGGUGCCAGGGCAACCCAGGGGUGAUGAGGGCCCGCCUUGGGUGAUGCAGGGCAUGUCACCUGCCUCUCCGAGACGCAUUUUCCACACCUUGGGGUUGGUGACUUUGGUCUCCCCUCGCCCCUGGUGACACGGACUCUGUGGGACCCGGCGUGUGGGUCUUCAGCAGAUCGUCUUCCCUUCUCUCACUUGCCUGGCUGCAGGGAGUUUCCAGUUAAUUCAGGGCCUCCCUGUGUGCAAGCCAACAGCUCGAGACCGUGAGGUGACUGGUUGUUGUGGUGUGGAGGGGUUUUGGGACAGGAGCAACAGCCCCGAGGGCUGGGGACCUGGGGAAUGGCCCGUGGCGUGGGAGCGGUGCCGUGGCCUCCGUGAGCAUCCGGGCGGCCCCAUGGGCCAUUUCCUCCCUAGGGAGGUAGCACAGAAGAAAUGAGCAAGCAGUGGCCCGGAUUCUCUGCUUCUGGGGGGUGCCCUUGGCCGGGCUCACCCCUCCCCAGAUGGCAGCUCCUCAAGGCCGGGGCUGCUCUUGUCUGCCCCAGGCUCUCAGUGCCCAGCACAGAUGCUGGACGGCGGGGACGACAAUGCCCCCUCCCCAGACGAGACAGCAGGGGUGACGGUGCCCCUCCCCAGGACAAGAUGGCAGGGAUGAUGGUGCCCCCUGCUCCAGGAUGACACAAUGGGGAUGAUGGUGCCCUCCCCAGGAUGAGACAACGGGGAUGACAGUGCUGCCAUCACGGUCACUGGGCUAAUCCUGGGUGCCCGUGCACCCUGGGUCCCGUGGACAGGGCCCCACUGUGAAGUGCAGAGACAGCUUCCGUUGGCUCUUUGCGUGCCGUGGGCGCUUCCGCAGCUGGGAUGAGAUGCCGGCACUUUCCCCAGAAUCCCAGGGAUUAGUCACUCCUGCUUCCAGCCUUCCCCUGAAGUUACCACACGGAUCCCCGUGCUGGAGCAGCCUCCUGAUGACAUGCGUGCGGGUGACAAGGGAGGUUGGUGUUCAUCUGGUGGGGUGGGGAGGCUGGGGAAAGACACACGGCAGCCAUCAACGCCACGGCUUGAGGGGCAGGAGGGUGAGGCUGCCACGAACCCUGGGCCCAUUGCAGACCAAGGGUUUUUAUCGUUCAGCCCUUGGCCUGACCCUCCAAAGGCGCAGGGCUGGGAGCAGAAGGACUGAGGAAAGAAACGGAAGGGAGCGCACGACAGCCGGCGAGCCAGUCUUCCUUCUGAGAAGGGGCUCGAGGGCCCAGUUGCGGGCACAGGGUCAGGAAGGUGGUUCUUUUGGCUCUAGGAGGCCUUGUAAAGCCUCGAGUUGAAGGCUUCCUUCACCCUCCCGUCGGGCACUGGGGGCCUGCGAAACUGAGCCCACUGGGGGCCCAGAGCAAAUUGAAAUCAUCUGCAUUGGCGUCACAAUGGGCUCAUUCUGUGAGGCACUUGGCACAUGCCUCAGAGAAAGCAAGCUGCCUUCCAGGAGGAGCUCCAGAGGUCUCCUCCCUGGCAGAGCUGCCUUCCGAGGACCAUGCGUUCUGCAGCCCAGAUGCUGCACAUUUGGAGGAGGGUCGCUGAGCGCCAGGCAGGUCAGCUGGUGACAUACACUGCACUGGCAGGCAGAGUUGCCCCCCCAUCUUCAUUUCAGGGCCAGGGGUUGUCCCAAACCCCUCAGGGGCACCGGGAGGGGGAGGAGGGUGGCACAUACCCUAGCCCUGCUUCUGAGGAUGGACUUGCCCUCUUGGAACCAGAGCCCCUCGGUUUGCUGGUGUGCUGGGUGAGGCUGGGCCUGCGGCAGCACAUGUGCUCUGCAGGGUGCCAGGCGCCGUUAGGGAGGUGGGCUCGGAGCUGCUUGGUGGGCGCCUGGACUCUCCCGCCUCCCCCUGACUGUCACCUCUCCCCUGAUGGCCAGGUGUCCUGGCAGCAGGCCCUGGGGUGGCAGACGGGGAAGCAGAUGCCCCUGGGGUCGGGUCAGGCAGGAGCAGGUGCCCCCGUGUUCCUGAGCAGGUUCAAGGCUCCAGCACUCGUGGUGUAUGCUGGAGUGAUGCAGAGAUCCGGGGGGCCGCGCCCUCUGGUGAUGGGCAGAGUCUUCCCGCGGAGGACCCCGGCUGCACUUGUCCUCGAGCCUUGUCGCACCCCUCUGCAGAGCAGCCUGGGAGGGGGCCUUGCCUUAAUGAGCUGCCCUGGGGGUGACGGGGGCGGCCUCGCCUUUGGGGUCUGUGCUCAGGUUGCGUAGGUGUGAAAAUGAGGAUGAGAAAGAUGGGCAGCUUGGGUGGUCAUUGGCACAGUCCUGGCUGCCCGGUGACCGCCCGGCCCCCUGGGGCUCUGUCGGGGCGUCUGGGCCCGGCGCUGAGUGAGGGAGUGUUCACAGCUCCAGGUUCCCGCAGCAGCUGCUGCCACCUGCGAGCCUCAAGAGCCGUGACCCUGAGGGCCGUGGGGUGGCCUGGCCUCAGUGGCCCUGUGUGGCAGGAGAAGAGAUCUUUCUGAAGCUGCAGUUAAGGUGUCCCCCCAGUCAGCUGGGCGAGUGCCCCAUGCUGUGUUCCCCCGCUAGCCUGGGUCCCCCAGCGACGGAUGCGAUGGAGAGUGGCUUCAUUCCUUGGCCAUUGAGGAGGGGGUAUUUUGUUUGUAUUUUGCGUGCCUUUCUCUCUCUCCCUUUUUCUCUUUUUUCUCUAAAAGCAUCUCACAGUAACAGUGAGAAAAAAGGAGUACGUGAGUGUUUCUGCCUCUACAGGCCCCACAAUACCACUUCCAGGAAUGUCCAUGUUUCUUGCUUUCAGGAAAACACGGUGAGGCCUCCACUUAAAGGAGACGGUGGCGGAGACGGAAGAAGGGGGGUGUGAGUGAAAACGGAGAGAAGAAAGGCCGCCUGGGCCAGGCUGCAGGGCCGCAGGAGCUCUACGCUCAGUUCAGAGGGGUUUCCCCCCCCGACUGUGCCUGGACAAUUACGGGGAGAGUUCUGGGCUCACAUUUAGUUUUGUAAUGAGAACCAGUUUUCAGAGCAAAUGAGAGAGAAGGCCUGUUUCUUUCAGGAGUUCUCAGAGCUUCCGUGAGUGUGCAUUGAGUGUGCACGUGUGUGUGUUGGGGCUACCAGCGCUCGGGACCACUGCCACCAAAGGACAUUGGCCACUCUGGCUGCUGCCAUGGCUGAGUGUGCAACUGGGCACAGCUGGCCACCUCCUCCUUGCCCCGUCUGUCUGUCAGGUGGCGCCUGCACCCCGGCCAGUUCUUUGGCAGGGGGAGGUGCUAAACUUGAGGAGGUGGCAUCUAGGCUCACUGGGCUGAGCCGAGCUGCCCGUCUGAUGUGGCAGAAUCGCUCUGUCCCCCAACCGCCUCUUGCCACCGGCCUGCCUGGUCCACGGCCGCCCAGAGAGGCGCUGGCGCGUGUGUGAGGCCCUCACUGUGGUUUGUACACGUGCACGGCCCUGGCUCUCGCCCUUCCCUGCCUGGAGCCCUCGUGAAGACGCCCCUGACCUGCUGCGUGGCAGAUGGUUGCUGGGCCCUCGUGGGCCGGCGAGAGAAGAAAGACCGCUCUGUGCACCAGGCCUGCCCGGCCGGCCCCGGCUCCAGGCUUGCCAGUGAGGGCUCCAGCGGCUCCUUCUUCCUCCAAGGAGCUUGCAGGGUGAGCGUGUGUGUGCACCCGAGGGUGUGCAUCUGGAGAGUGGCUGUGGUGCAGGGCCUGCCUGGCACAUGGAGAAUGCCCGUUUGUGGGAGUUGUGUUAUCAGCUCGAUCUCUAUUCACAAGACCCACUUACUGCCUGGAAGACAGUGGGUGAACACAGGUCCCUCUUU